AUGGAUAUUAUUACAAAGAAUGAUAUACAGAAUUUGGAAAAUGCACCAAUUAAUUUAAUGACAAAAGAUAAUGCACAAAAACAAUUAAAUGUUUUAGAUAAUGAAAAAAAAGAAAAAUAUAAAAAAUUAUGGAAAACAAUAUCACGAAAAGCUCUGGAUUUAUCAUUAAAAGAUCCUUGGGGAGAAUUUAAAAUUGAAAAUGAAAAGACUCAAAAAUGUAUUCGCUACAUGUAUAAUGCUGUUCAUAAAGUAUGGAAAAAAGAUGAAGUAUAUGUUAAGAAACAAGAUAAGUCAUUUGCACGUGGAGGUAUGAGAGAAUGCUUUAGAGUAAAAAAAAUGGAUAAAUUAUCCAAUCAUACUAAUUGGAAACUAGCUAUGAAUUAUGUUUGUAAAAGAUAUAUACAGGAUGUAGAUAGAAAUGUAUUAUUUGAAGAUGUUAAAUUACAAAUGGAUAGUAAACUUUGGGCUGAAGAAUUUAACAGACAUAAUCCACCGAAGAAAAUUGAUAUUUUUCGAGUUUCUAUCCUUGAAUUUAUUGAUGAGAUGGAGUCACCUUUAUAUCAUUUGGAACACUUCAUAGAAGGUGAAUAUAUAAAACAUAAUUCAAAUUCAGGAUUUGUAUCAGAUGCUGUCCGAAUGACACCACAUGCUUUCUCUCAUUUUACAUUUGAAAGAAGUGGUCAUCAGUUAAUAAUUGUUGACAUACAAGGUGUUGAUGAUUUAUAUACAGAUCCACAAAUUCAUACAGUUUCAGGAACAGAAUAUGGUAGUGGAAAUUUGGGUACAAAAGGAAUGGCAUUGUUUUUUUAUUCUCAUCAGUGUAAUGAUAUUUGUAAAUUUAUGAAACUUACAGAAUUUGAUUUAUCAAAAAAUGAAAUUACUUCUAGAUAUCAACAAAAUUGUUCAUAUCCUUCAAAUCCAUCAACUAAAUUUUCAACAAAAGCACAACAAUCACUUGAUACGUGUCAACCAAUAGUUACUUUUAAAGAAAAUGCUAUGGAAAGAUUGAGAUCAAGAACAAUCUCAAUAAAUAGUAUUGCUUCAAAUGAAAGUUUAGAUGAAACUUGUAUAGAUAUAGACAGUUCAAUUUCAGAAUCAUCUAAUAUAGUAGAGGAUAAUGAAAAUAUUAUAUCUGUUUCAGCUUUACGUCGUAGAAGAUAUUAUAGUGGACAUUCAGAUACAAGAUCAUCUCAAAGUGAAAGAUUUCAAAAUGCUAUCAGAAAAUUUUCAACACCAGCUGGUUUUUUACUAUCAAAUAAUUUUAGUGAUUCUGUCCUUAAUUCAUUAAAAAAUAGUAAUUCACUUUUUGUUCUUGGUCAAGUACAUCUUGACUUAGCCCGUUAUUAUUCUAUAGGUAGAUUUAGUUACAAAAAAAAAAUAAUUAAUAAAACAAAGUCUUGGGAAUCAAAUGUAAGAAAUGAAUUAUAUGAUGAAAAUAUUAAAUAUGAUAAAGAAUCGGCAAUCUUUCAUUUAGAUAUAGCUAGAAAAUGUGGCGUUUUGGAAGCAAUUAAAACAAUUGCAGAAAUUGCUUAUGAUUUACCACAUGAUUUAUUAAAAGACAUAAAUUCUUCUGACUUAAAAAAAUUUAGUGUAAUUGAUUUUGAUGACAAAAUAGCUUUUGGUUUACAAAUGAUGGAAUUAGCAGCAGAAAUGUCUGAUAGAGAUGCCAUUCAUUUUAUUGCUUCAUCUUAUGAAACAGGACAGAAUUUACCAGUAAAUAAGCAAGCUGACUGGAGUAAAGCUAUGUAUUGGUAUGAAAAAGCAUUUGAAUACUAUACAAUUGAGGAAUAUGGUAAUGAUGAUUAUAAAGGAACCAAACAAGAUUUAACUUUUGUAUGCCCACAAUAUGAAAUUUUAGCAAAAAUGGGACAAAUGAGUAAUGAAGGUGGUUUUGGGCUUGAAAGAAAUAGUUUGGAAGCAUAUAAUUUUUAUAGUGAAGCUGCUGAAAUUGCUACUGAAGCAAUGAAAGGAAAAUUGGCCAAUAAAUACUAUGAACUUGCUGAAAUGUGUAAUUGUAGUAGAUAA